AUGGUGGAAGUAUACGAUCCAUAUUUUGUCCAGAAAACAAAUGAUGUUGGAAUCAUUGGUUUGUCUUCCCUUCAAAAAAUGACAGCUGCUAUGAGGAUGCUCGCUUAUGGAGUAGCAACAGAUUCGGUGGAUGAUUAUUUGAGAAUUGGUGAAAGCACAGCCAUAGAGAGGCUAAAACACUUUGUUAAGGCGAUGGUUGCAAUGUUUUCUGAGAGAAGGAGAUUCUGGAUGAAUCGAUCUCUCUUUCUUCAUAUUCUAUCUAUAGUGGAAGCAUAUGAUUCAUAUUUUGUCCAGAAAACAAAUGAUGUUGGAAUCAUUGGUUUGUCUUCCCUUCAAAAAAUGACAGCUACUAUGAGGAUGCUCACUUAUGGAGUAGCAGCAGAUUCGGUGGAUGAUUAUUUGAGAAUUGGUGAAAGCACAGCCAUAGAGAGGCUAAAACACUUUGUUAAGGCGGUGGUUGCAAUGUUUUCUGAGAGGUACUUGAGGAGCCCUAACAACGAUGAUAUUUCAAGAUUAUUAGCGAUAGGAAGCAAUCGCGGGUUUCCUGGUAUGUUAGGGAGCAUUGAUUCUAUGCAUUGGAAGUGGAAAAAUUGUCCUACUGCACGGAAAGGUCGUGCUCCUCUAGUCAAUUACUUAAUCAAUAGAAAUGAUUAUAUAAUGGGAUACUAUCUUGCCGAUGGUAUAUAUCUGCAAUGGGCAACAUUUGUCAAAACAGUCUCAUCUUCACAAGGGAAUAAGGAAAUAUAUUUUGCAAAAGCUCAAGAAUCGGCAAUGACGGAUGUUGAGCGAGCAUCUGGUGUGCUCCAAGCACGUUUCGCGAUUGUGAAAGGAUCUGCACGUUUUUGGAAACGGAAAUAA